UGUAGGAUGUCUCCAGAUGGUCCCGAUCACGUGUGGAUAUUCGUAUGGCCAGUCACAGCUAAUGCAUCUCGACAAUGCGAUCCCAGACUGCCCGCCAUGCCACUGGGAAUGCAACUAGGGAGUGCUCUCUUACCGGUAGUUGGGGAGUUGCAAACGUCAUGUCGUGCUUAUCAGAGGAAAUUGCUCUUGUUCAGGAAGAGGCAAAAUGCCUGGAGGAUGCUGAAGAACGGAUACAGUGUGCAGUUAAUAUCUCAGUUCAAUUGGCAGAGGCCAGUCUGGCAGUGUCAACUAAGAGAGGACCAAACACUAGCAUUUACCCUCUUGACCUUCAAACAAUCAAUGGUAUAGUGUCACGGGUGCUGAAUGUUUUUGAAGAUGAAAGAAGAGAAGUAUCCAGUGAAGCACUGGUGGAUGUAUUCAACAAUUCUCUGAGAGAGGCAAACCAGGCAGGCUGGACACAGCUUCAGACUGCUGGCUCUGGCAGUCAGGCUCUGCUGAAGAAUGCAGAGAGAUUUGGGAGGAUCCUUGCCACCAGUACUGUCAAUGGCAAUGGUACAUUGGUGCUUUCCAGACAAAAUAUUGUUGUAGCAGCUGAGGUGGUGAAAGGACGUGUGUCAAACUUUUCAUUUCCUGCCCAACCUGAUCAACUGGGGAACUUCUCUCGGGACAACAAUGAAACAGUCAGUGUCAGUAUACCUGAAGACUCGCUAAAGAGACUCACUAAAGAAGCAGAGGUUUAUCUGGUAAACACAAUCUUCAGAAACAUUAAGGAUUUUUUACCUAUUAACACAUCUGUGCUAAGCAAUGGUAAAACGGAAUCUUUGGUUAUAUCGACCCAAUUUGGUGCACUGGAUCAGGAAGAUUCUCCUAACGACACGUUCAAAGACAGUCCAAUCACUUUCAACUUCUCUUUCAGAGCUAGUUCAGACACUGGUUCUAAGUAUGCCGGAGUGUUUUGGGACUUCUCUAACCCUGUGAAUAAAGGAGGGUGGAGCUUAGAGGGUAUCCAGGUCAUCAGCAGUGUAACCAGAGACAAUGUCACCACAGUUGUGUUCAACUCCACCCACCUCACCAGCUUUGCAGUCCUGGUAGAUGUGGCUGGUGGAUUAGAGGGUACUCCAAAGGAAGAGCUGCUGGCACUGAAAAUAUUCUCCUACAUUGGGUGUGCCAUAUCCACUGUCUGUCUCUUUAUCACCGUCCUAUUCUACCUUGCCAUGGGAAAGAAGCUCUUCUCUGCUAUUCACUACUUUGUCCACCUCAACCUGGCAAUAUCUCUACUGCUAGGUUACCUUGUGUUCGUACUUGGCAUUGAACUAGGAAACAGCAACAAAGUUGCUUGUGGGUUUGUGGCAGCACUGCUGCAGUAUCUGUUCCUCUCUGCCUUCUGCUGGAUGAUGUGUGAGGGGAUCAUGCUCUACCUCAUGUUGAUUGUGGUCUUCAGUCGACUAUCAAAGAAGUGGUGGUUCUUUAUGAUUGUUGGAUACUGCACUCCUUUACUCUUUGUGGCUAGUGGACUGGCAGCACGUGUUGAGCACUAUGGAGUAUAUGGAGAUGAUGGAGAACUUGCCUUGUGAGUUAGAGGUGACAGGUCUUAUCUUUACUUAUUGUGUCUCUAACCCUGCCUUAGCUGCUGGUUAUCAACAAAGCAAGGGACCAUUUUUGCAUUUGUGGCACCCAUGAUACUCAUCAUUAUAGUAAGUCAACAGAUAAGAUUAUUAUGAUCACUUAAACUACACAAAUACCGUAUAGGUCAAUACAGUGUUCCUAGUACUCUCAGUGAUGGCACUACUUCACAGUAAUCAAAAGGCCGGAGUUCUUGGGAAAAAGAAGUCUUUGCACAAAGCAAAGACUAUAUUGAAAGCAACAGUCAUUCUUCUACCUCUACUGGGAGUGACUUGGUUGUUUGGUCUUCUCACACUUAGCAGCAGUACCACAGUGUUUGCCUGGCUCUUCACCAUCUUCAACUCCCUCCAGGGAGGUGCCAUUUUCUUUUUCCAUGUCGUCAGGAGCAAGCUGGUGUGGAACAAGAUAAUGUAUGUAUUCAAGAAGACGGCCCCAGUAUCUUCCACAAACAAUACUUUUGUAAGUAUAACACACACUUGAAGAUUUGUGCUUUCAGUAAGGUAGAUUCCUUGCUUUGACAGUCAAGCACUUCAGAAAGUCGGAGUUCGGCAGAGACAUUGAAGUCAGUACUUCACAAGAAACCACUUGACUUGAGAGAAAAUGGUGAGGCAGAGCCUUAUGCGUCGUACUCUGCGAUGAGUGUGUCAGGACCACCAAGUGAUGCAGAAAUGGAAAGUGAGAGUCUAAAAGGUGACAAUGAAGAGUCUGAUGUUACUCAAGAGUUAGCCAAAUGCAACGGGACUGCAGGACAGUGACAAACUGACUAGCUAUGCAGCGCACAAACGCCCACACAGAAAAUCGCCAACAGUUCAGCUAUACGACUGAAAAACUCGUUCUUGUCCUUUAAGUUAACAACUUUUGAUGUUAUGUGUUUUGUUUCAUAAUUACUAGUAGGCGAAUGCAUGGCAUUUGUGGCGAGCGGGAGCGAGCACACAAUGACUCUAUCUGCACGAGCCAUCCUACAACUUGAACCUUAGAAUCACGAAGAUUGGAAGGAGGUAUAGACAGCC